GCUGUUGAAGUGUAUACUUGGCGAAUUCUGAACGAAGUGUAAAAAGUGUUAUAUAUUGCUUUAUCUUGUUGUAUCUUAUGUACACCAAUUAAACAAUAAAAUGGUAUAAGAAACGUAUGUGAAAAAAAUGCUUAGACAGGAAAAUUUGGCAGCUAAUUUUUGUGGCUUAUUGGUCAGCCAGGGUUGUACUGAUAAGUCCAUCGAGUGGCGUGUAUUGGGCCAAGAACAAGAUGGCUCAAUGCUGGCUUCCUGGCAAUUUGAAAAAUUUUCAGAGGGAAAAGAAACAUGCAUUGGCCAUUUCAAUGCAUCUACCAAAACAUUGCGUAUACUGUGGCGAAUAAAGGAGUCCGUCGAAGUUGUUCAAGCCACGGUUAAUAGCUCAUUAAGUCUACUGUCAUAUGUUGUGAAAAAAAUGUGGCUGGAGGAAUGUGGAGACAGCACUGAGGAUGAGAAAUCGCCUGCGUUGCAUUACUUUGCAUACAUCACUGAAGUUCGGGGGGAAAACAUGAGUGCUGAAAGCACACCUUUGCUAACAAAACCUAGCAGACGUCAAGUAUUGGUCCAAUUCUUGUGGCGUACGGAAAAUCGAUUCGACAAAAUAUGGCAAGACAAGCUGCUGGUACUUACACAUGAAAUAAGUAUACUUCAGUACACAUGCACUAUAAAACCAACGGAUACAAACGCUCUGACGCUCGAUUUCGCAAACGACAGUGCUUGGUUUUUGGACUCAUCACUGUUGAUGGCUGAGUGUUUGGCGAAAAGUUUUUCUUGGGCACAAUUCGAUAGUGAUAAUCAGGCUUUGUACUAUAUACAUAUGAAGCCUAAAGCGAAAAGCACAAGUCUUUUGGAGACGGAUGACGGCGAUAAAGAAAUUAAUGACGUGAUGAGUCCAACGCUGUCCGCAUUCCAGUUUAAUGACAAAUUACCUACGGAAACUGUGCUCAAUAUUCCCUUGAACUUGCCGAAAUUGCCCACCGGUUCAUUCCAUGACGACGAUGAUCCAACUUACGAAGAUGAUGUGGUUCCUUUGCGAGUUCACGACUCAUCGCUGAAUCUUAUUAUCUUGGCUGAUCCGAGCGGCAUGCUCUUUGUUUGCCAUUACUAUUUGUAUCAACCAAUUCAACCGAAGAAUGUUGACGAAAGUGAAACACCAUCGGCUGGCAGCUCAACAACGGCGUCUUCUACGUCAUCAGCGAAUGCGUCGCGCAAGGUGGAUGUUCACUUUGCAUAUUCUGUUACUCUACUGCAUCAUGGUUGUGUGGUGCACUGUGUAAUGCCGGGGGUGCCCUGGGAGAAAGCUCGACUUUUAAAACCUACAUUUGCUCUACAUGGCGCCCAUCAUUUGCUUGUAUUCCAGCCAGACUUGUUUGUACAUCUUUUGGACGUAGGUUUAACACAUGAACCCUGUUGCCACAUAGUGUGUCCAGCUCACAAUCGCAAUCCCUUAACUCAUCUAGUCCCUUGUCGAAAGUGGGGAUCUAUGGCGUACGAUACAGCAACAUUGGAUUUAGUAUCAUUGUCUGUACCGCGAUCACAUUUAAUUGAAGCAUUUCGAAAUGACACAUCGGUCGACAAUCGCCUGAGCAUUAUUCACCAUUUCUUGGUACACGCCUCAAACGACCAGCUAGAUGUGUUGGCAGAACUUUUAAGUAUUAUAAUGGAGCGUCCACUGUCCUUGGACACAGUAGCAUUGUUAAAAGAGUCUCUAGUUGCUGGUAGCUAUGCAGCGGCAUUGCGUGGUCUUCCCUCGGAUGCCUUGAGCAUGUCAAAGUAUCUCCCACUAACCACUGCGGAUGCUUCAAAACCAAUACAGGCAAGAGUGGCCGAAAUUAGUGUCGGUAUAUCGCAUGAAAGCUUAUAUAAUACUAGUAUGAUGUUGUUGUCUCCACAACAAAGACUUUCUCCAUAUAAAGCUGAUAUAUGGACACGUUUGUGGGAACAUUUAAAUGAUGCAGGACAAAAAGAGAACUCAAGUUGCAUCCACAGACGUUUUACAGUGGAACAAGUUAGUGAAAAACUUAUGUUUUCACUGGCAUGCUACCAGCCGGAAGCUCUGUCACGUUGCACAACACCCCAAACAACUACUCCAAGCAGUGGUGCAAAUCUCGAUUUUGCAUCCGCUAGUCGACGAAGUUGCAAUGAGGUCAUGCCGUUUAUUGAAAUUGAAUCAUGUACAGCAACCAAACAAGAACACGUCAUGUCGGUGACAUUACGGGAGCUAAGUGUGCAUUUGGUAAAAAAUUCAUCGAAACCAAAUACAGGAUUUCGUUGGCUCAAAGAAACCUUUUUUGAGAGAUCCCAAGCGCCAGCACAUGUACACGCAGUGGCUACACAGUAUGUGGCAUCGCAAUUGGACCUCUCACGUUCACUUUGCUCAUUAGUUUGUCGUGCUGCGGGAUUAGAUGCUCGUCACGAAACUUUUCGUGGCUUCCAGUUAAUAGACCAAAUGAGCAAUGGGCAGCAGUACUCACUAUUUCUGAUAUUGGAGCGUUACUGUUUAGCGGUAGAUUCGAUUGCAUUCCCAUUACCACAGGGAUUUGCUUCCUUCUUUACAUAUCUGGGUUACAGGGCUCUCACCUUUGAAAUGUUUUUGCAGUAUAUCCAGAAUUUUGUCUUCGAGCUUCAGAUUGAUGUUAUGAAAACCAUUUUAAGUGAUAUCGAUGAUUCCAAGGAGGGCAUUGAGAAAAAAUUAUCUUUGCUAUCUGCAUUACCGAAGCAGCGUGCCCAACGUUUACUUAAAAAUUGGCAUCAUCCCGAAAGUCUAAUGAUACGUGGUCGCGAACAUGCUUCAAAUAUACUUUCCGGAAACCCGGUUCAGCAAAGGAAGGGCAGCGUAUGUAAUGUCAACUCGCAAAUACGAUCGACAAUCCGGAGUGAUAUUUUGACGCAAAAAAACUUGGUGUUAUUGUAGCCACAUUUUCAUGUGGAGAUGGCGAUCCUUGUCAAAGUCCCGUAGAUGAGCAAGCUCGUUUCAAUCGCCGCUCGAUUACAUAGGCACUUAAUAUUUGUGUCGUUGCCGCCCGGCCUCUACUGAGACCCCCCGCUCGAUACCGAUGAUUGUCCGCGACUGCCGUUGCAGCUACUCCGUAUGGAGCAUUCCACCAUCCGCAACCAGAGGACGGAAUUUAAACGAAAGUAUUAUGUUCUCAUUGAGAUUAUUGUAGUGUUUCAAAAAUAUAAUCGCGAAAAAAAUUGUGUUCAAUUGCGAAAAAUUAACAUACUACCAGCCAUAAGUUAAAAUAAUUUCUCUUAUUUCUGGCAUCGAAGCUCGCCAGUACAUUUCUUGCAAACUUAGACAACACCCGCAGGUGUUCGAAAUUCGUUUUUAUUUCACAUUUUCAUUCACAUCAUCAAUGUCAAUCUGAGUUAUAAUGGAGCCAAAUCCUAUGAUUUGACAUGACCACUGAUAAACAUCCUCUUAACUGAAUUUUCACUACUGUAUCCACAUUAUCAUUUUAUCAUUUUGUGUUUAGAUUCCUUUGGCAAAUCUGCCACAUUCCAGUGUUGCAGGAUACCGCUUUUAUUUGUUACAUUAUUUCUGGUUACAAUAGGACUUUCGAUAAUAUGCAUUACAAUCGCUCGGAAAGGCAAUUAGUUCUUUCAAUAUAAUUAAUGGUAAGAGAAUAGUUGCAGAAUAGGCUGUCGUGGUGUCUUAAUUGUUGCAGGUAGAUACACGUGUAGAAAUGUUUCGAUACUUGUUAACUCUUUCUGGUUAGACGUGCUGUAUGUCUUUUACUUUCUCAAUAUGUAGAUGGUACAACAUAUGUUCGAUGAAUUUUUUAUUUUGAAAUGUUCUAAUUUGCU